AUGUUGUCGACUGAGGAACGAGUGUCAGAGAAAGGCGACUGUGGCCCAGAAAGUGUGACCCAGUGCAUGGCGCUGAGCAAGCUGGAGCGGAAGAAGAAGAUGGCGGAAGGAUUGGCAAGCAAUUCCCGUCACGUGCGAGUCACGCUUUAG